CAAAAAAGUUGGCGACAGAAUAGAGCUGCGCGCGCGAAGUCAGGUCCAGACAGGGAGCUUUAGUGACAAGAUUGACGAUUAGAGAAACCGAAUUCUCACGUCGCCAAUUGUUUGCGCAUACAGAAACACGCAUUUGCGCAUCUAUUCUAUACACAGUGACGAUGGAUGAUCUUUACGACGAGUUCGGUAACUUCAUUGGCGAGGAGGCCGAGUCCGAGGAGGGCUCAGAGGUCGGCGUUGGUGCGGAUGACUAUACCUACGAUGACGAGCCAGAUGAGGCUCCUGGUGUAACAGGCCAGGAGCUCAUGGAAAUUGACGAUGGCCCAUCAAAUGCGAUUAUUCUCCACGAAGAUAAACAGUACUAUCCAACUGCCGAGCAGGUAUACGGCGCCGAUGUCGAGACCCGUGUCGAAGAAGAGGAUGCCCAGCCUCUAUCCCAGCCCAUCAUCGCCCCCAUCGAGCAGAAGAAGUUCAAUAUUGAGGAAGCCGACCUUCCACCCGUGUUCUUCGACCGCGAGUUCAUGACAGACUUGAUGAACUUCCCAGAACAAACGCGAAACGUAGCAUUAGCCGGACAUUUGCACCAUGGAAAGACUGCGUUCAUGGACAUGUUGGUACUCGAGACACACGACAUCACAGAUCGACUUGAACGAAGAGUGGGCAAGAACCGGGAUGAGCAAUUGAGAUAUACGGACGUACAUAUCUUGGAGAGGGAAAGGGGUUUGUCCAUCAAGGCAGCGCCAAUGAGUUUGGUACUACCCAGUACCAAGGGCAAGUCGCACCUGGUCAACCUGAUCGAUACUCCUGGUCAUGUUAACUUUGUCGAUGAGGUGGCUGCCUCGUUCCGUUUGGUUGACGGUGUCUGUCUGGUGGUGGAUGUGGUCGAGGGAGUUCAGAUCAACACGGAGCAGAUCAUCAAGCACGCCGUUCUCGAAGACAUUCCCUUGACGCUUAUCAUCAACAAGAUGGACCGCCUCAUCCUCGAGCUGAAGCUGCCACCCAAGGACGCAUACUUCAAGCUCAAGCACGUUGUCGAGGAGGUGAACACUAUUAUCACAAACACAGCUCCUACCAAGGCCGCUUCCAAGAGGAUAAGUCCUGAGAAGGACAAUGUUCUAUUUGCCUGCACAGAUAUGGGAUGGUGUUUCACGUUACCGAGCUUCGCCAAGAUGUACACAGAGACCUUUGGAGAUAUCAACGUGGACGAGUUUGCGAAACGGUUAUGGGGCGACAUCUACUAUAACCCCAAGAAGCGAAACUUCUCACGAAAACCCCUCGACGAGCGCUCAGCACGAUCGUUCGUUCACUUCAUCCUCGAGCCCAUCUACAAACUCUUCACACACUCGAUCAGCGACAGUCCAGAAGAACUGCGGCCAGUGUUGGCCUCAUUGGGCAUUGAGCUCAAACCUUCACAAUAUAAGGCUGACGCGAAGGUGCUUCUGAAGCUAGUAUGCGAGCAGUUCUUCGGUCCAUCAGCAGGCUUUGUGGAUAUGAUCGUUAAGCACAUACCAACUCCCAUCGAGACCGCUGAACGAUUGCUUGAGCGAUAUUAUACCGGCCCAUUGGACUCGAAGGUCGCUGCCUCCAUGAAAGCUUGUGACCAGGACGGUCCAUUAGUCGUUCAUAUCACCAAGCUCUUCAACACAGCCGAUGCAAAGAGCUUUCACUCAUUCGGACGUGUACUGAGCGGCACAGUUCGACCAGGUAUGCAAGUACGCGUUCUUGGUGAAGGCUACUCCCUGGACGAUGAGGAAGAUAUGGCUAUGGCCACUAUCUCAGAAGUGUUCAUCGGCGAGACAAGAUACAACAUCCCUACCGACGGCGUGCCAGCCGGUAACCUUGUGUUACUUAGCGGCAUCGACAACUCCAUUGUCAAGUCCGCUACCAUCAUCCCUCCCAAACUAGAAGAUGACGAAGACGCCUAUAUCUUCCGGCCUAUCACACAUUUCACAGAGUCUGUCCUUAAGGUUGCCGCCGAGCCUAUCAAUCCCUCCGAACUCCCCAAGAUGCUUGACGGACUAAGGAGGAUUCAAAAAUCGUACCCCCUCAUCAAGACUAAGGUCGAAGAAUCAGGGGAGCAUGUUGUCCUCGGAACUGGAGAGUUGUACAUGGAUUGUGUGCUGCACGACCUUCGUCGUCUGUAUGCUGACAUGGACAUCAAGGUUUCUGACCCGGUUACGCGGUUUUGUGAGACUGUUGUCGAGACAUCAGCGACAAAAUGCUAUGCUAUCACCCCCAACAAGAAGAACAAGAUCACCAUGGUUGCUGAGCAGCUGGAGAAGGGAAUCUCAAGUGACAUUGAGAGCGGCGCCGUACGUAUCCGCGAUCCCAUUCGCAAAACUGCCAAGUUUUUCGAAGAGAAGCAUGGCUGGGAUAAGCUGGCUGCUCGCAGUAUUUGGGCUUUUGGCCCUGAGGAGACAGGGCCCAACAUCCUUCAAGACGAUACUCUUCCCACUGAAGUGGACAAGAAAACACUCAAUGCUGUCAAAGAGUCUAUUCGACAAGGAUUCAGCUGGGCUACCCGCGAGGGACCCCUGUGCGAAGAACCGAUACGAAACACAAAGUUCAAGGUUACAGAUGUGCUACUAGCCAACGAGGCCAUCUUCCGUGGAGGUGGCCAAAUCAUCCCCACCUCUCGACGAGCGUGUUAUUCCUCCUUCCUUAUGGCAUCGCCCCGCCUCAUGGAGCCUGUCUAUUCAGUCUCUGUAACGGGCCCUGAGGACUCCUACAUGGAGGUCUACAAUGUGCUCUCGCGGCGUCGCGGACACGUUUUGUCAGAUGGUCCCGUUGCUGGUACGCCGCUGUAUCGCGUCAACGGUCUACUGCCUGUCAUUGACAGUUUCGGCUUCGAAACCGACCUGCGGAUCAAGACGCAGGGCAGUUCGAUGGUUAGUCUUGUGUUUGACAGCUGGAGCAUCGUGCCUGGUGAUCCUCUCGAUCGCGAGCAGAUCAUUCGUCCACUCCAGCCUGCUUCUGCACAGGCAACUGCCCGCGACUUUGUUCUCAAGACACGACGACGCAAGGGUCUAAGCGAGGACGUUAGCGUCAAGACGUUCCUUGAGCCUGAGUUCUAUCAGAGCCUGAUGGAGAGUGGGAUGCUUGGAGAGAUCUAGACAUUUGCAAUCUGUGGAUGAGCAACGGGCGGGAUAUUCCGGGAGGGUCUUGAGGGUCCAACAUGAGGAACAGGGGCUGCACGAACGACUCCAUUAAAGAUCUUGGAGUAGUUCAACCCCGUUGGCUGAGCCUUUGUUUGAUGGAGAUAGCCACCUGCAUUUUGAUAAAACGAGUUUGGUAGCAAGGAUGAGAUGGAAGAUCAGUGGCGUAUUGCGGAACCGUAGAGGACAAGCAGGUCAACGGGAAGGUUUCAUAUAGACCAGCAUAAACAGGGAACAAUAAUCAGAAAUCAAGGCCAGGUGUUGAGGUUCUUUGAGUUUUUGCCUACUCCCAAUUCUGUCAUAUAAAAUAAGUUCCUGUAGAGUUGGCCAUUCUAAUGCUGUUCUGGUUAGACCCCACGUUCCUUGUCAACGACGAUGGGGUCUGUUUGUUGACAGGACCUUUUUCAAGAUGCCGACGAUGCUAGGGGAUUUAUCCUUGAGCUUUACCGUGCAGACUGUAGCGUCAUGGCAUGGUUAUGCUUUACGACGGAUCGCGCACCAGAUAAUUAAAGCCAAGGUUAAUAACAUUCAGGAUCUGGACUAGUG